UCAAAGGAAGCCCAAAGCGGACCCCAAAGAGGAAAAUCUUCAGUCAACUAACGAUGCUUUCCUGCUAAAAAACCAUCUCACCUGUCUUCACCAAGAAGAUAACCAAAGAAAAUUAAACAUCCAAAUGUUAGACAGAACCCUUGAAGAAUGAGCUGCAUCAUCAUCAAGCCUCAUUUCUUCCAAAUUUUCCUCUUCUUCGGCUCUUUAGCCCUGUUUGUUACAAACUUUGCCGUAGCUUUUGACGUCCUAACUUCAACAGAGCCCCUGACCAAAGACCAAACGUUAGUUUCAUCCGGUGAAAAUUUUGAAUUAGGCUUCUUCAGACCUGGAGAUUCAAACAAAUGGUAUGUUGGAAUAUGGUACAAGAAGAUACUAACAGGCAAGACCAUUGUUUGGGUAGCAAACAGAGACAAUCCUCUGACAAACUCAUCUGGGCUGUUGAAGAUUGGUGAUGAUGGCAACAUCCAAAUUCUUGAUCAAGCUGCAAAUACAAUAUGGUCCUCAAAUCUAUCCAGGGUAGGCAACACUGUAGCACAGCUGCUAGACUCUGGAAAUUUCAUACUACGUUACACAGACGACGCUGAUCCUGAAAAUUAUCUCUGGCAAAGCUUUGAUCACCCCACUGAUACAUUGUUACCUGGGAUGAAGCUCGGGUGGGACGCGAAAACUGGCCUAAACAGAUACUUGACAUCAUGGAAAAAUGCCGAUAAUCCAUCUUCAGGUGACUACAGUUUUGUGCUUGAUAUUCAUGGGUUCCCCGAAUGUUUCUUGAUGAAUAAAGGCAACAAAUCGUACCGCAGCGGACCCUGGAAUGGCCUCAGAUUUAGCGGUGUCCCAGAAAUGAAGGCCAGUAGUCCUGUCAUGACCUUUUUAUUUGUGAACACUAAAGACGAGGUAUAUUACUCAUUCGAGUUGCAUAAUGCAUCAUUGUAUUCAAGAUUGGUUGUGUCUUAUAGUGGAAGUCUUCAGAGAUUUACUUGGAUAGAUGAUAGCAAAAUAUGGAACCUUUUUUGGUACGCCAGAAAAGAUCAGUGCGACGCCUACAAAGAAUGUGGAAAUUAUGGUGUAUGUGACACAAAUGCUUCGCCAGUUUGCAAUUGUAUGCAGGGAUUUGAGCCCAGAAAUCCACAGGCUUGGAAUCUGAGAGAUGGAUCCGAUGGAUGUGUCAGGAAGCAUAAAUUGGAUUGUGGGAAUGACGGGUUUUUGUCACUGCAUAACAUGAAAUUGCCGGAGAGUUCUAGCACGCUUGUGGUCUCCGGCAUGAGUUUAGCCGACUGUGAAACGAUGUGCCGGAAAAAUUGUUCUUGUACGGCUUACGCUAAUUCGAAUCUUACAGCUGGUGGUUCUGGAUGUGCUAUUUGGGCCACGGACCUUCUUGAUAUGAGGCUGUAUGCGGCGGAUGAAGGUGGCCAAGAUCUGUAUGUUCGGGUGGCAGCUUCAGAUUUAGAUCAGGCUGGUAAUGUUGGCUCUGGAAAUGACUCUGACAAGAAAACUAGGAUCAUCAUUGUGACAGCCAUAGCAGCUGGUAUUCUUCUUAUGCUCUCAGUAAUAGGUAUAAUUUUUGUUUGGAAGAGGAAAUCGCAACAUGUCCAAAAGAGCAUUAUAGAUCAUAGAGGUUCACGCGAAAGAAGUCAAGAUCUUCUGUUGAAAGCAGCAGUUAUUCCCAGUAAAAGGGAUCAUUCUGGUGAAAGCACCACUGAGGAACUUGAGCUUCCAUUAUUUGAUUUUAGCACCAUAACAUUGGCUACAGACAACUUCUCUGAAAAGAAUAAGCUAGGACAAGGUGGAUUUGGCUGUGUUUAUAAGGGUAUGUUGGUUGAAGAUCAAGAAGUAGCAGUGAAAAGGCUCUCCAAGAACUCGGGGCAAGGAAUAGAAGAAUUCAAAAACGAAGUUAGAUUGAUCGCUAGGCUUCAGCACAGAAAUUUAGUUCGCCUUUUAGGUUGUUGCAUCAACAUGGAAGAGAAGAUUCUCAUUUACGAAUAUAUGGAAAAUAAGAGCCUGGAUUCAAUCUUGUUUAAUAAAGAGAGAAGCUCGUUGCUCCAUUGGCAAAGGCGUUUCAACAUCAUUUGUGGGAUUGCUCGGGGCCUUCUUUACCUACACCAAGACUCACGGUUCAGAAUUAUUCAUAGAGACCUCAAAGCAAGCAAUAUUCUCCUUGACAAAGAAAUGAACCCCAAAAUUUCAGAUUUUGGCAUGGCAAGAAUUUUUGGAGGAGAUGAGACAGAAGCAAACACAAGAAGAGUAGUUGGAACAUACGGUUACAUGUCCCCAGAAUACGCAAUGGAUGGCGUCUUCUCUAUUAAAUCUGACGUUUUCAGUUUUGGAGUUCUUGUCUUGGAGAUAGUGAGUGGUAAGAAGAACAGAGGAUUCUAUCAUAUGAACAACCAACUCAAUCUUCUUGCACAUGCUUGGAAGCUGUGGAGGGAAGGCAGAGGAUUAGAAGUAAUGGAUUCAGCAGCAGGUGAACUGUAUUCCACUGUUGACGUAAUGAGAUGCAUACAUGCGGGUCUACUUUGCGUGCAGGAGCAUGCAGAAGAUAGACCGAACAUGGGAACUGUGGUUCUGAUGUUAAGCAGUGAAAGUGCAUCACUGCCCCAGCCUAAACACCCCGGAUUUUGCCUUGGAAGAAGGCCCCAUGAUACAACUUCAUCUUCAAGUAGACAAGAUGAAUCUUGCACUGUAAACCAACUUACGGUAACUAUCCUUGAUGGCCGGUAUUUGGCACCAUUGAUUUGUGUUUUUACAGUCUUCUCUCACGCAGGGAACAGGUUUGAAAGAAUGGACUUUCCUCGGCUGUUUUCCCUUUCAGUUCUUCUCAUAUUGACAUUUCUUGCUUCCUACUCCUCCAUUGCAAUAGACACCUUAACACCAAAUCAGAACCUCACCGAUGGCCAAAUCUUGCUGUCCUCCAACCAGAUUUUUCAGCUGGGAUUCUUUACUCCAGGAAAGUAUGGUAAAAGAUAUUUGGCCAUAUUGUAUCAUAACGUCCCUACCACGACAGUGGCUUGGGUAGCAAACAGAGAUAAUCCUCUCAGCGAUUCAUUAGCCCAUCUAACGAUGAGGUCUGAUGGUGCUUUAUUGCUUUACAACAGCUCCAUGGCUGUUGUAUGGUCUAUGAAUGAAACAAUGACGGGCCAGAGUCCAAUUCUGCAGCUUCUAGGUACAGGUAAUCUUGUAGUCAGAAAACAGGAUAAUACUAAUGCAAGCGAUUACAUUUGGCAGAGCUUUGAUCAUAUGUCUGAUACUAUGUUGCCUGGAAUGAAACUUGGAUUGAAGUUGAAAACUCGUACCAGCAACUACAUGAGAUCCUGGAAAAGUCCUGAUGACCCUUCUGAUGGAGAGUUUACAUUCAGCUUGGAAACGCCUGAAACACCUCAGCUUUUACUGCGUAGCGGAUCAAACAAGGAUUACAGGUGGGGGCCUUUUGAUGGUGAUAGGUUUAGUGGUGGUAACCGAUUGAGGAACAACACAGUCUUCAAGCCUAUAUUUGUUUCUACUGCUGAUGAAAUUUAUUAUACUUUUGAAGCACUGGAUAAUUCUAUUUUAAUGCGGUCCGUUGUGACACCACUUGGUGGAAUUCAGUAUCUCACAUGGCGAAAUGGUAGUAAAGACUGGAGCCUGACUGUAGAGGUAAAUAGGCUCUAUUGUGAUCGAUAUGGAAUGUGUCGAGGAAAUGGAAAUUGCUAUGCGGAUGAUCCUCCGUGCAGGUGUUUAGAAGGGUUUGCUCCGCGCUCGCCACAAGAUUGGAGAUUAUAUGAUUAUUCAGAUGGUUGCAAGAGGAAAUUUGAUCUGAAUUGUAGUAACAGAGAUGGUUUUGUGAAGUAUGAUGGACUGAAGUUGCCAGAUAACGUGGUUGUGUGGCCUAAUCUUACCCCUGAAGAAUGUGCAGCAGAGUGUCUGAGAAAAUGUGAUUGUAUGGCCUACACCCGAAUCAACCCUCUAGGUAAUGGCAGCCAGUGUGUAGUUUGGUUCGGUGACUUAAUUGACCUCAGAGAUUUCCCUGAAGAAGGCGAAGAACUGUAUAUACGCAUGGCACGUGCUGAAAUAGAUUCAAUUGCUAAAAACAAAUGGAGAAAGCAUAUGAGAUUAGUUGUUGCCAUCACGAUGUUAUCAGCUUUUGCGCUGCUUCUCUUGGCUAUCUUGGCUUGGUACAAGCUGAGACCAAAGGGGAGAAGAGAGGAGGAUACCAUAUCAAUGCCAAAAGCCCAUGAGAGCAAGUCAUUCCCCCAUUAUGAGGAAGAAAGUCAAGACGAGGACCUUGAUUUACCUAUAUUUGAUCUAGCAACGAUUUCUGCUGCUACAGAUCAGUUUGCCUUAGGUAAUAAGAUUGGACAGGGUGGUUUUGGUCCUGUAUAUAAGGGCGAAUUACCUAAUCGAUUAGAAGUAGCAGUAAAGAGGCUUUCACAGAAUUCAGGUCAAGGCCUAAGAGAGUUUAAGAAUGAAGUUAUACUGAUUGCAAAGCUUCAACAUCGUAACCUUGUUAGGCUACUCGGAUGCUGCAUUCAAGGCGAUGAAAAAAUGUUGGUCUACGAGUACCUGGCAAACAAAAGCUUGGACAACUUUAUAUUUGAUCGGAUAAAAAGAAAGCUACUUCCAUGGAGUAUACGCUUCAACAUCGUUUUGGGCAUUGCAAGAGGGCUGCUUUAUCUUCACCAAGAUUCCAGAUUGAGAAUUAUCCACAGAGAUCUGAAAACUAGUAAUAUUUUACUUGAUAGAGAGAUGAACCCAAAAAUCUCAGACUUUGGCAUUGCAAGAAUUUUUGGUGGAGAAAUAACUGAAGAAAAGACUCGGAGAAUUAUUGGUACAUAUGGUUACAUGUCCCCCGAAUAUGCAAUGAGUGGUCAUUUUUCUGUAAAAUCAGAUGUAUUCAGCUUUGGAGUCAUAGUGCUGGAGAUUAUAAGUGGCAGGAAGAAUUGGGGAUUUUAUGAUCCAGACCAUGACCAUAACCUGAUAGGACAUACCUGGAAACUCUGGAAUGAAAAAAGAUCUAUUGAACUAGUUGAUGACAUAUUGGACGGAUCAUUUUCGAAGGAUGAAGUCUUAAGAUGCAUCCAAGUGGCCCUUCUAUGCGUCCAGCAACGAACUGAAGAAAGACCAACAAUGAGUACUGUGGUAUUUAUGCUAAGUAAUGAAAAUGUGGAGUUGCCACAACCCAAAGAACCCGGUUUUGUUUCAGAGAGAUCUGCCAUGCAGAUUGAUUCUUCAUCUAGCGGUCAAGAUUUUCACACAGGAAAGCAUAUAACUUUCACAACUGCAGAGGGACGAUAACACUUCAAAAACAAAAAAAUUCUCCAGUUUUGUACAGAUCUGGAUACAUGAUCACAAAUGAGGCACCUCUCCAGCAUCUUAGUUUCUAGUGUACCAUACCUCAUCCCAUUUAUUAAAGUGACUUGUAUUGUACUGGGGAAGUGAAAGUUGGAAGUUAUUCCUUAAUUCUUUGAUAUUCUCCCCCCACGCCAAUCCCCCCAACCCACAAAAAAAAAAAACCCAAAAUCCCCAACAAAAAAUAACUCUUUAAAAUCAAAAUGUGUUUAUACUAGUAUUUCUUCUGGU